GAAAAUCAAAGAGAGGAGCAGCAGCAGCAAGGGACACCCUGGCAGGCAGAGAUCCUAAAGAAAAGCUCAGAGAGAGACGGCGUGUCCAAUGGGAGUUCUGUCAUCAUGGCUGCUCUUUAUCAGAGCACAGACUCGUCUUCCCCAAAUACAUUUUUGGCCCUUAAAGACGUCAGAGAAGUGAAGGAAGAGACCACUUUGGAUGAAAGGCUUUUCUUAUUGGCCUGCGAGAAAGGUGAUUACUAUAUGGUGAAAAAGCUUUUGGAAGAAAACAGCUCAGAAGAACUGAACAUCAAUUCACUGGAUAUACUCGGAAGAAAUGCUAUCACAAUAUCCAUUGAAAAUGAGAACUUGGAUAUCCUGCAGCUUCUUCUUAAUUAUGGUUUCCAGUCUACAGAUGCCCUCCUUGUGGCAAUUGACUCCGAGGUGGUGGGAGCUGUGGAUAUCUUGUUAAAUCAUCAACCAAAAUGGACAACAAGGCCAAGUAUUGUAAAACUUAUGGAGCAAAUCCAGAAUCCAGAGUAUUCCACAACCAUGGAUGUGGCUCCUGUUAUCUUGGCUGCUCAUCGGAAUAACUACGAGAUUCUUACCAUGCUUCUGAAGCAGGAUGUCUCUCUCCCAAAGCCUCAUGCUGUGGGCUGUGAGUGCACCCUGUGUACAGCCAAGAACAAAAAGGACAGCUUGAGACACUCCAGGUUUCGACUCGAUAUCUAUCGCUGCUUGGCCAGUCCGGCUUUAAUUAUGCUGACUGAGGAGGAUCCAAUUUUGAGAGCCUUUGAACUCAGUGCAGACUUGAAAGAGCUCAGCCUUGUAGAGGUGGAAUUUCGGAAUGAUUAUGAAGAACUUGCUCAAAAGUGUAAGACUUUUGCUAAAGACUUGCUGGCCCAGGCCCGGAACUCUCGAGAGCUUGAAGUCAUUCUAAACCAUCAGUCCAGUGAUGAGCCUUUAGACAAGAGAGGGUUGCUUGAGGAGCGCAUGAACCUGAGCCGCUUGAAACUCGCCAUCAAGUACAAUCAAAAGGAGUUUGUAUCUCAAUCUAACUGCCAGCAAUUUCUGAAUACUGUCUGGUUUGGCCAAAUGGCAGCGUACAGACGGAAACACACCUGCAAAAAGAUUUUGAUUGUACUUACCGUUGGAAUUUUUUGGCCAGUCCUCUCCAUGUGCUACUUGCUAGCCCCCAAAUCCCAAGUUGGACGUAUAAUUCAUACCCCGUUUAUGAAAUUUAUUAUACACGGAGCAUCUUACUUUACUUUUCUGCUGCUUCUUAACCUAUAUUCUUUGGUUUACAAUGAGGAUGAGAAGAACACCAUGGGGCCAGCAUUAGAGAGAAUAGAUUUCCUUCUUAUUAUAUGGCUUAUAGGAAUGGUUUGGUCUGAUGUGAAGCAGCUAUGGUAUGAUGGGCUGGAGGAUUUUUUAAAGGAAUCCCAAAAUCAGCUAAGCUUUGUCAUGAAUUCCUUAUACUUAGCCACUUUUGCCCUAAAAGUAGUGGCUCACAACAAGUUCCAUUCUAUUGCAGAGAGAAAGGAUUGGGAUGCUUUCCAUCCAACGUUGGUAGUAGAGGGUUUGUUUGCAUUUGGCAAUGUGCUCAGCUACCUCCGUCUCUUCUUCAUGUACACAACCAGUUCAAUCCUGGGGCCACUUCAGAUUUUCAUGGGUCAGAUGCUGCAAGACUUUGGGAAGUUUCUCGGCAUGUUCCUGCUUGUGCUGUUCUCCUUCACCAUCGGUCUGACCCACCUGUACGAAAAGGGCUACACCACCAAUGAACAGAAGGACUGUGUGGGCAUUUUCUGUGAGCAGCAAAGCAACAACACUUUCCACUCGUUCACUGGGACGUGUUAUGCUUUGUUCUGGUACAUCUUUUCCUUGGCACAUGUGACCCUCUUUGUCACCAGGUUCAAUUUUAGUGAAGAGCUUCAGUCAAUUGUAGGGGCACUUAUUGUAGGAACAUACAAUGUGGUUGUUGUGAUUGUGCUCACCAAGCUCCUAGUAGCUAUGCUUCACAAAAGCUUCCAACUUAUAGCGAAUCAUGAGGACAAGGAGUGGAAGUUUGCCCGGGCCAAGCUCUGGUUGAGCUACUUUGAUGACAAAUGCACGCUGCCUCCACCUUUCAACAUUGUUCCCUCUCCCAAAACUAUCUGCUAUCUUUUCAACAGCAUAAGUAAAUGGAUCUGCUCUCAUACGACUUCAGGGAGGGUCAAACGCCAGAACAGCUUUAAGGAAUGGAAGAGCCUGAGGCAGAAGCGAGAUGAGAACUACCAGAAGGUGAUGUGCUGCCUUGUGCAUCGCUAUCUCACCUCCAUGAGACAGAAAAUGCAAAGCACUGAUCAGGCCACCGUGGAAAACCUAAAUGAGCUCUGUCAGGAUCUCUCAAAAUUUAGGAAUGAGAUGAGGGACCUGCUUGGCUUUCGGACCUCCAAAUAUGCAAUGUUCUACCCGAGGAAUUAGGAUGCUAGUGUUAACACACUCAAAGUUUCCUGGGUCUCAUAUCUGCUGUGCCCUAACUCUGCCUGUGUCCAUAUAAUCUAACCCUCUAAAUUAACUUGCUACAUCUAUUUAACCCUUUGCCACACUCCAUACAUUGAUGACAAAACCGUCAUUUUUUUUCCUAAAGAAAGUUAAGGAAGUUAAUCAUAGGCCAGUGGCUUAUGGCUAUUGUUAUUGUUAUUUCUCAGGGACAUGUAAAGAAAGGUAAAUCUCAUGGUCCCUUAGUAUUGGCUAAGGAUAUGUCAUUUUACAUAAGACUAGUCAUUAAAAUACAUUUUCCCAAUUAUGCAGUGUUGCACAAAAUCAGAGUACUGCAUAAAAGGUGUUUUUUAUUCACUUCUUGGCUUCUGCUGGACAUCGUUUUUAUUUCCUUGGAUGGGGACACCUCAGGUCACUUUAAGCUAUCCAUCAAUUAAUUGUAGUUUUUAAUUAGAGUGAGUAUCCAUGUUUACUGUCAGGUGACAUUUAAUAAACUGUGAAAUAUGAAA